UCUUCGAAACUCGGCUCAUUCGAGGCUUUCGAGUCGUCCGAGUAAGUUAUAGUUUGAUCGCGAGUCGCGCACGAACUCGCGAUCGGUUCAAUUCGUACUUGCGAUUACAAUCGGUCGUCGUUCGAUCUGUAACGAAGGGGUAGUGGGCAAGAUUCCUCAUUUUUAGAUUCCGAUAGAAUCUCGAGGAAAAAUCAAGAUUCCAUACGAUACGCGAUCUGCGCUACUUUUCGACUCGGUGGUCGCUAUCGGUCUGCGUAAGAUAUGUGAAAAAAUAGAGCACCGAUGUUGGUCCAUGAUAAGAGUAGAGUAUAGUUUGUUGUACUCGUGCGAAUGCAGAGUACAAUACAGACUUCGAACGUCUUACGUUUUCCGAGUGAUUGACUGUACAGAGGAAAAAUAAGUCCACGGAUCAUCAUGCUGCGGUUCUGGACUUUGUUGGGGAUAUUUGCCUUGUUUUCCGAUGCAAUCGAGGCCCAACUGAUGGAACCGUUUCGCAUCGAGCCCGGACCCUCCGUGAACGCGACUCGGGGUGAGCCGUGGCCGCAACCCUAUAGGAUCAUCGAGGGCUACGGAUUCCGUCUUCUUCGCCCGUCGGUCUUUCGAAUGUUGGUUACGGGAGAGACCUGCGACAUCCUGGAGGAUGCGGUUCAACGUUAUACCAGGAUCGUGAUGACGGAGGCUCGAGCGGCCGUUCGUUUACUGGGAUCCAGGAGACGCAGACACGCCAGGCGGGAUCCACUCUUCGCGGGGGACAUCGUCGCCCUGGAAAUCCGAUUGAUAAAUCCUUGCGAAAAUCUGCCGCACCUCGGGAUGAACGAAUCUUAUAUCCUCGACGUCCCCGAGGACUCGGAUACCGGAACCCUGGUGUCUAACAGUAUUUGGGGGAUCCUACGGGGACUCGAGACCUUCACUCACAUUCUGACGGCAUCGGGAGACGGUCCCAACCUCGCCGUCAAAUGCCGGACAGUAAUCGACGAACCGCUGUUCCCUCAUCGUGGUCUGUUGCUGGACACGUCGCGCCACUACCUGCCGGUACUCGACAUACUGCUGACCCUCGACGGUAUGUCCUACAACAAAAUGAACGUACUGCACUGGCACAUAGUCGACGACAACAGCUUCCCAUAUCAGAGUAUCCGCUUUCCGGAGUUGUCAGCCAAAGGUGCCUAUCACCCGAGCAUGGUGUACACACCAGACGACGUGACGAAGGUCAUCGAAUACGCGAGGCUAAGGGGUAUUCGCGUGGUGCCCGAAUUCGAUACACCAGGACACACCAGGUCUUGGGGUCAAUCUCAUCCCGAGUUGCUCACCACUUGUUACGAUACGAGCACCGGAGAGCCGGACGGCACCUUGGGACCGCUGGACCCAACGGCCGCGAAGCUUUAUCCCUUCCUUCGCGAACUCUUCGCCGAGAUCGUCGCUGCAUUUCCCGACCGUUACAUUCACCUGGGCGGUGACGAGGUGCCCUUCGACUGUUGGGCGAGCAAUCCGAACAUCCGCGAUUACAUGCGCCGCCGUGGAAUGAACGACACUUACCAACUCCUCGAGGAGGAGUACGUCGAAGGGCUUCUGAACAUCACCGAAACACUCGGCGCGAGUCCCGUGGUCUGGCAGGAGGUGUUCGACAACGGUGUCAAACUGAAUCCGGAGACGGUGGUCCACGUGUGGACGGGUAAUCAGAUGACCAAGCUGGCCAGCGUUACGAAGGCGGGAUUUCACGCGCUACUUUCAACCUGCUGGUAUCUUGACCAUAUCGCCGGCGGAGGGGACUGGCUGAAGUUCUACUCUUGCGAUCCGCUCGCAUUUCCCAGCACCUCUGAACAGCGCCGAUUGGUACUGGGGGGCGAAGCUUGCAUGUGGGGGGAGUCCGUCGACAGGACGAACGUCCACCCGAGGAUAUGGCCGAGGGCGAGCGCCGCAGCGGAGAGACUUUGGAGCCAUGACCGCAGUCCGUCCAUCUCUUACGCGGCGAGACGAUUAGAAGAGCACACCUGUCGUAUGAACCGACGAGGGAUACCCGCUCAGCCACCCAAUGGUCCAGGUUUCUGCGUUUUGUGAACUUGACUCAUCCUUCGGACUCGUGGUUUUUUUUUUUUUUUU